CCCUGGACCCCGCGACAAUGGCCGUGAGUCCCUGCCACCCACAGGCGAAGUUGGGUGAUGAGCCCCUUGCUGCUGUAGAUUCACCACAGGUACAUCUAUAAACACAAACCAUCAUGACGUUUGAUGAAUCACUCCUGUUGCUUUCGCCCUUCGCUUCAGGCCGCCCUCCGACAGCCACUCGGCCUUUUUGACCUGCCUCCGGACGUCGACAAUCAGAUCUUCCCUUUUCUCGGCGAAUACCGGGUCUUCAUCCUCGCCCGCACCCGCUGCACAUGCCGCCGAGGCACACAGCAUGUGUCUGCCGACUACCUGAGGAGGCAAAUGACGCCCAGCUCGCCAUGAAGCGCAUCAGGCACAUCAUCUCCCUCUCCCAUGGCCUGAGAUCUAUCAAUUACCUGCUACAGAUACUUUAUGUGAUCGCGAAGAGCGGCGACUGGGAUGGCUGGGAGCCACUCGUGAGGGUGGCGAUGCACCAGGGGCGAGGGGAGGGGCGGUUGCCGAUGGAGCUGACCAGUGCUGAUGUGGAGGGGGUGGGCAGCCGGGCCGUGUAUGAUGGGCGGCGUGACGCGCUGCGGCAGCUGUCGCUCAUCGGCCGCCACCUCAGCCGAGCGGGCCAGAGUGACAUCACACUCGAGCGCGUCAACGGCGAGGACCGGCUGGGCGGGUCGCGGCUCACCAUCAGCACCCUCCAGACACUGCCGGCCAACAGCCCCUUCCGUGAGAUAUUCGACGAGAACAGCCCCGUGUGUGAGAUGAGAGGUGGGGGGAGGGGGGCGGGGGCGUGGGAGGGGAAGAGGUGGAGGAUGGGAAAGGGGAUGGUCUGUUUGCUUGCCUGCAGGUUUUGAGGUUGCUUCAGUUCACGACGCUGUACUGCGAGAGUAAGAAAAUGGGAGUACGAGUAGACACGUUGCGUUGGCUGCAUCGCCCGCUGUGUAAUUCAAUUGGUCGUGUGUGUGUUCAGGAUACGGGGAGGGUCCCAGGUCGCCGUCCACUUCGCCUACGAUCACAGCGACCCGGCACGCCACAGCCGACGGGUGGGUCGGUCAGCCAGCCGGACACACACAAGAGCCUCACCCACUAGCUGCCCCGCUCAUUGACUGACUCAUGUGUGUCUUCUCCUUUCUCCUUUCUCCUUUGCAGCGUGCCCUGGGCACCCAGCAGCCACCCGUGUGGAACUGUCAGACCGUCGGCACCAUGCACAGAGGAGACACCUUCAUUCGCGUCAUCGUCCUGCAUGGUGACCAGCCCGAAGACACAUUUGAGUCACACAUCAUCAUCCACAGCGUCUUCAACAAUGCAUGGACCUUCCUCUUCACGACGGAGCCGCCCGCGGCCGGCAGGGAGGGAGCUGCGAGGUUCCCGCGGACAUUGAUAGUAGCGCGGCAGGUGAUGGGGGCCGAUGCACAAGUGCUGUUUGGUGGCCAACUAGAUAUAGCUCUCCCCCCUGCCGGUGAUGGUCAGGAUGGCGAGCAGAACGCAGGCAAGUACAGGAAGGGGCGGGCGACGAAUGAGCAAUGAGUGGAUGGCUGUGAUAGGGCCCACGUGGAUGUGUGGCUGUCUGUCUGCAGGUCCUCCUGCUCCUGUGGCCCCCUCAUCGUCUGUUGCUCCACGUUUGGGUUGGAUGGCCUCCCCUCCGCAACAUACGAAUGGUACACACGAAGGCGUACACACGGACGGACACCACAUAUGCAUUGCAUUGCGCGGUGUGUGGUGUGCUGCGUGCAGCUGACUUGGGUGGCAUUGCGGUGUCGUCACCUUCUGCCGCCCCAGCUGCGGCCCCAGCUGCUGCUGGGGCUGGCAAUCGUGGCGAGAAGCGCAAGGCGGCUGCGUCAUCGGUAUCGAGCGGUGGCGAUGGCGGAGAGGGUGACACAGUGGUCGACGAAAGACGGGCGCCAAGGCCGCGUCGCGAUCAGGCGCCGAGGAGCGACCAUGGCAGCAGCAUGAUGAUGAACGAUCGUGAGUAGCUGACUGACUGACAUCACAUAUGUGGUGACGACGUUUCUUGCCCUCUGCAUGACAUGACUGGUGGGUGGUGCAUGGUCACAUCAUUCACGGGCGCGUGGUGUGUGUGGAAACGUCGAAUGCCAAUCACCAGC